AUGAGACCGGCCGAGGACCCCCAGCCCCCUCUCCAAGGAGCCAGCGACCCCCCCCCGCAGGGGCGGGGCUUGGAGGCCGGCGGGGCUGGCUGCGCGCGCGCGCCUGCGCGUUUCUGCGCGCAUUCCUCCUCCUCCUCCUCCGCACUCCGCUGCCGGCCCGGCCUUGCUCCUCCUCCUGCUGCCGAGGUGGGGCGGGCUGGCUCCUGCCUUCCUGACCGGCCUCCCCGCCCUCCGGGCUCGGGGCUCCGCUCCAGGCCCCACCCCCCGCAGCAGCUGGGCCGCCGGUUCCGCGCUUGGCGGGGCGGCCGCCCGGCGGGAUGGAGUCGCAAUGCGACUACUUCAUGUACUUCCCGGCGGUGCCCUUCCCGGCCCGCGAGGCGCUGGUGGCGGAGCCGGGCCGGUACCGCGCCCUGCCGCGCAGGAACCACCUCUACCUGGGCGAGACGGUCCGCUUCUUGCUGGUGCUGCGCUGCCGCCCCGGAGCCGCCGGCAGCCCCCGGCCGCCCUGGGGGGAGCUGGCCGCCUCGCUCGCCGCCCUGGCCAGCGUCAGCCCCGGCGCCAGCUCCGCCUGCGGCUGCGGCGCGGAGGGCGGCGGUGAAGAGGCCGGCCCGGAGGCCUCCGCCGACGGCGAGGGGAGCCGCUUCCGGGACUGUCCGCCGCUGCUGACCCACGGCCACGGCUCCGCGGAGAGGCCCGCCGCAGGAGUGCCCCUGGAAGAGCCCAUUGUCUCCACCGACGAGGUGAUCUUCCCGCUGACCGUCGCUCUGGACAGGCUGCCCCCCAGCACCGUCAAGGCCAAGAUCGUGGUGACCGUCUGGAAACGGGACCAAGAGAAAGCCGAGGUGCGGGAGCGCGGCUACCUCAGCAUCCUGCAGGAUCGAGCCCCAUCGCAGACCUUCCGGGAGGAGCAGGGGGCCUUCAAGGCUCAAGUGAGCACCCUGCUGACCCUGCUGCCGCCUCCGGAGCUGAAAUGCCAGCCGUGCAACGUGUCCGGGAAGCACUUGGCAGUCCUGAAAGUUCUGAAUGCUGCUUCCCAGGAGGAGCUCUCUGUGUGGGAUGUGCGGAUUCUGCCCAACUUCAACGCCAGCUACCUUCCCAUGAUGCCCGAUGGGUCCGUCUUGUUGGUCGAUGAUGUCUGCCAUCAGUCGGGCGAAGUUUCAAUGGCCUCUUUCUGCCGUGUGCCCUCAGCUGCCUCAGCCUGUCCCUGCUCCCUUCGAGCUCUCGAGGAGCAGAAUUUCCUCUUCCAGUUGCAGGCGCCAGAGCAGCCCCCCCACAGCACUAAAGAGGGCCUGGAAGUCCCCCUCAUUGCUGUGGUUCAGUGGUCAACCCCCAAACUGCCAUUCACCACCCGGAUCCAUACUCACUACAGGCUGCCCAGCAUCCGCCUGGCCCGCCCGCACUUUGUGAUGAUGGCCGAGUGUGAGUCUCCGGUGACCCUGCACCGCCGCUUCACGGUCACCUACACCCUCAUCAACAACCUGCAGGACUUCCUGGCUGUGCGACUGGUGUGGACGCCAGAAAGUACAGCUGCUGCCUUGCCCUUUGCUCCUUCAGGCAAGACGCUUUCUUGUGCAGAACGGCGGGCGGUCCACGACAGCCAGGACUCCAUCGUCUGCCACACGCCCCUCAACAACUUGGGCUACUCUCGCAAAGGCAGCGCCCGCACUUUCUGCGUCACGUUCCAGGCCCUGCGGGCUGGCCUCUACGAGCUGUCCCAACACAUGAAGCUGAAGCUCCAGUUCACCGCCAGCAUCUCCAACCCGCCCCCCGAGGCCCGGCCUGUUUCCCGCAAGAGCAGCCCCAGUAGCCCUGCUGUCCGGGAGCUGGUGGAGCGCCACCAGGCCAGCCUGGGCCGCUCACAGAGCUUCUCGCACCAACAGCCCGCACGAGGGCACCUCAUGAGGUCAGGCAGCGUCAUGGAGCGCCGAGCCAUCACGCCGCCCGUGGGCUCCCCCGUUGGCCGACCCCUUUACUUGCCCCCCGACAAGACCGCUCUUUCCCUUGACAAAAUAGCCAAACGCGAGUGCAAAGUGCUGGUGGUGGCCCCCGUCACGUGACAGGGGCAGGGAAGCCCCCCCCCCCCAGCACACUGCAGCAUGCCUUCCCAAGGUAUUGGCAGCCCCUUCCUGCUGCUCCCCAUCUGGGAGUUCAGUCACCCCCCCCCAUGUUCCUCUGGGGAGGGAGGGGCUGCAGUCUUGCAAAGGAUUGUGCAGUUGCAUGGAGAGCCCGAUGCAGCUCUGCAGAAGCUCCCCCACC